AUGCAGUCAUCCAUUGAAUUAACAAGUGAUUGUUGCGUUCAAUAUAAAUAUCCAGAUAAUGACCAUGGACAGUUUACUAUUAUCAUUAAUGAGAAAUACUCAAUUAAUUAUGGAUAUCAUGUGUGGCCGUCGGCACCCAUUUUGGCACAAUUUAUCUCAUAUUAUCGUAGUAAAUUCAAUGGGAAACGUAUAAUAGAGUUGGGUAGUGGCACUGGUAUGGUGGGCAUAGUUGCUGCCAAAAUUGGAGCACUUGUCGUACUUACCGAUUCACAUCAAUAUCCUCAAUGUCUUCAACUGUGUCAACAAAAUGUUGAUAUCAACGGAGUCAACGACAAUAUUACAGCUAUACUACCAUUAACUUGGGGUCACUUUGAUGAACAAGUGAUACAAAUGCCAUCAUUUGAUUACAUUAUAAGUUCGGACUGUUUUUAUAAUGAAAAAGAUUUUGAAGACAUAUUGAGUUCGGUAUCAUUUCUUAUGGAUAAACAUCAGACUAAAGGAACUGUAUUUUAUACAACAUAUCAGGAAAGGGAUAGCGAAUGGAGUAUUGAAUGUCUUCUCAAUCAAUGGCACUUAAAAUGUCAUUACAUAAGUCUUUCCGACUUCGAGACCGAUAAUGAAUGUGUGGCUAAAGAUAAUCUGUCGUCAAAAUCUACUAUUCAUUUGCUAGAAAUUACUAAAAAUAUUUAA